AAAUAGCUGACAUUGCUUUCGCGCGUUCACUGUUGUCGGCUUCAGUGUAGCAGACGGCUAGUGUGUAUCAAGUGUAUGUGUAAAUCCAUUGAUCCAUUUUCCUUGUUUAAUUUUGUGAGAAAGUAUAAACUGUUAAAUUUAUUCUAAUAAAGAUGGCAGCACACAGAGCGGCUAAAAGUGGUAUCGCCUUAGAGGCCCAGCAAAAGAUGGACAGUAAAUGGGACAAUGACCGUGCCAGAGUAGCCAUUGAUUGGGUUGGAAAGAGAAUCGGUGAGCAUUUGGAAACAGAUGGUUCAAAAGAAAGUGUCUACAAUCUCUUGAAGGAUGGCAUGGUUCUUGCUAAAUUAGCCAACUGGGUGAGACCAGGAAGUGUGGCUGCUGCCAAAAUGAGCAAAGCCCCAUCUCUGGCCUUCAAGCAGAUGGAACUGAUUGGGAUGUUCUUGAAGACAAUUGAUGAAGGAGAAGGGGGCUGUGUGAAGAAAUCUGAACUUUUCCAAACAGUCGACUUGUACGAGAAGGUCAACAUGGUGCAAGUGAUUACAACAUUAGAAGCUUUGGGCAGAGCAAUGUUGACACAAGGCAGGGAAGGUUUCGGCAAAGCAGAGUCCAAAGGUCAGACCCAUGAAUGGACAGAAGAACAGCUUAAAGCUGGACAGAAUAUCAUCGGGCUCCAGAUGGGCACAAACAAGGGAGCCAACCAGAGUGGACAAAACUUUGGCAAGACAAGGGCAAUAGUGGACUAGAAACACAUACACAUUGAAAAUCUAUAGAGUAGUCAAUCUUUCAACUAGUUACCACCACACACACACAUCUGUUAGGGAAUGACGCUUUCAAUUACCAAGUUUUGGUAUAAGUUACCUGCUUCUAGUUUUAAAAUUAAUCGUUGAUCUCUGCUUUUUCAUGUUGAACUAGAGAUGAAAAUUGUUUUAAGAGUUAAAUCUCGAUGAUAAGAUAGGCCUACAAUAUCUAACAAAUAAUCGGACCAGAAGCCAUAAUGUGAAGCAAUGUUUUAACAAGGGUACUCUAUAUUUUUACUCACUUUACAACUGCAAGCCAUUCCUCAACAUUUCGGGACCAAACUAUUUUACAAUCAUCUUUAUUAUCAUGUUCCUUUUUUUUAACUUCCUGCCUUUUUUUUUAACAUAAUCAUUAUGUUUUUUUUUUAACUUGAUGACCCAUUUAUGGUUUUGCCUAUGCAUACAUCAUUUAUAUAUAGAUAUAAGUUUAUAUCUCUGAUAUAUUUGUAUAGAUCGACAUUGGAAAAUUUUUUACACAAUUUUUCCUUGUUUAUAAUAGAAGAAAUAUUUGAUCAAGACAUCAUGACAUUGUCAGAAUAUUUUUUCAAUUAAUUAAAUUUUUUUUUGUGUAUGUAAUAAAGAGGAAACUGACAAAACAGGGCAUAAGGUUUUAGCAUGGACGUAAUACGUUAUUUGUUUUAACAUGUUCCCAAUACAUAAGUGUGAUAGAUUUUUAUGCAAGCAUGUUAUGUUUGGGCAGUUGCUUAUUAAUGCACGGAUUUUACGGAAGACACGUUUAUACUUUUAUGGUGCUUAAUUUUUUUUCUUGUUUUACCAUGUCACUGAUAACUUUCUAAGUCUAUGUAACAAAAAAAAAAAAGAUACACAAUCUUGCAAACAUUGAUUUAAAUUAUUUUGUAUAUCUAGUUUUGUUUUAAAAUUAAGGUUCUUGAAGUUUAAACUUGUACAUAAUAAAUAAACAUAAUAAUAAAAAGAAAGUAAAGUUUAAUGUAAGUAUGCUAAAAAUGUUUAUCGAAAUGUUUUGUGAACUUGUCAGAAUUUUAUUUUGGGAUGAAAAGAUGAACCAUUUCUCAUACCAAAUACAUAAAAGUAAUGAACUUUUUGUGCUUAUAAAAUUAUAAUAUUUAAAUUGAAAGGAAUCAGUCAAUUUCCCAGAAUGUUAUUGUCAAAGGAACCAUUUUGUGACACUUUGUAUGAGUAGUUGAUUGGAUUGUAUACCAGCCAUUGAUGUAAGCAAUAGUUAUUUAUACAGUAGUCCCCAUUGGAAGUUUGUUUGAUGUAGAAAUGUAGAACUCUUUUGGAAAUGAAGCCAAAAUAAACUUAAUUUCUCACUUGACAUUUUUGGAGCUGAUAUUUUGAAAUUUGGGUCUUAAAGGGAAGUAAUCUUCAGGCAAUUCUUUUUAUUAUAAUGUUUUUUGAAGACCUAGCAAUAAAGCUACUGUGACUUAAAAAAAAAAAAA